AUGGGUUCUGAAUCAAAGCUAGUUCAUGUAUUUUUGGUCUCCUUCCCUGGACAAGGGCAUGUUAACCCUUUGCUUAGGUUGGGGAAGCGUCUGGCUUCAAAGGGCUUGCUUGUGACUUUCACUACCCCAGAAAGCAUUGGGAAACAGAUGAGGAAAGCCAGUAAUAUCACUGACCAACCAACGCCGGUCGGAGAUGGUAUGAUCAGGUUCGAGUUUUUUGAAGAUGGGUGGGACGAGAACGAGCCCAAGCGCCAAGACCUCGACUUGUACUUGCCACAGCUGGAGCUCGUGGGCAAGAAGAUUAUUCCUGAAAUGAUCAAGAAGAACGCUGAACAAGAUCGUCCUGUUUCGUGCCUCAUCAACAAUCCAUUUAUUCCAUGGGUCUCUGAUGUUGCAGCUGAUCUUGGACUUCCCAGUGCCAUGCUUUGGGUUCAAUCUUGCGCUUGCUUUUCUACUUAUUACCACUACUACCAUGGCUUGGUCCCUUUUCCCUCCGAGGCUGAGCCCGAAAUCGAUGUUCAACUGCCAUGUACGCCUCUCUUGAAGUAUGAUGAAGUCGCUAGUUUCCUGUACCCGACCACUCCAUAUCCUUUCCUGAGGAGAGCCAUCUUAGGCCAGUACAAGAACCUGGACAAGCCCUUCUGUAUAUUGAUGGAUACAUUCCAAGAGCUGGAACCCGAAGUCAUCAAAUACAUGUCCAAGAUCUGCCCAAUCAAGCCUGUAGGACCUCUAUACAAGAACCCCAAAGUGCCAAACGCCGCUGUCCGUGGCGACUUCAUGAAGGCCGACGACUGCAUCGAGUGGCUCGACUCCAAGCCUCCCUCCUCCGUCGUCUACAUCUCUUUUGGAAGCGUCGUGUACCUGAAACAAGACCAAGUCGACGAGAUCGCUUAUGGGCUCUUAAACUCCGGCGUGCAAUUCUUAUGGGUGAUGAAACCACCGCACAAAGACGCCGGCUUGGAACUCCUAGUUCUUCCAGAAGGGUUCUUGGAAAAGGCCGGCGACAAAGGCAAGAUGGUCCAGUGGAGCCCGCAAGAGCAAGUCUUAGCCCACCCCUCAGUCGCCUGUUUCGUGACCCACUGCGGUUGGAACUCGUCCAUGGAGGCUCUCAGCUCCGGCAUGCCGGUGGUGGCAUUUCCACAGUGGGGAGACCAAGUCACCGACGCCAAAUAUCUGGUGGACGUGUUCAAAGUUGGGGUGAGAAUGUGCAGAGGUGAGGCGGAAAACAAGCUCAUCACCCGGGACGAAGUGGAGAAGUGUCUGAUCGAGGCCACAACCGGUGAAAAGGCGGCGGAGCUGAAGCAAAACGCCAUGAAGUGGAAGAAGGCGGCGGAGGAGGCAGUUGCAGAGGGCGGCUCCUCGGAUCGGAAUCUUCAGGAGUUUGUUGAUGAAGUCAGUAGGAUGAGUAUGGUGCUGGUUUGCCAGUCAAACAAAAUUUGA